GUGUGCUUUGCUCCCAGACCUCAGGGUGAAUGCUGACAAGCAACGAUGGAUGAGAGAACACCGCUUCUUAACAACGGCCCAGCAUCCACAAGCAAUGCCAGACUUUAUCUGGCAGUGUUCUCUGCAGUCCUUGGCAACUUUAACUUUGGGUACUCCUUGGUAUACCCAUCUCCAGUGAUCCCCUACCUCCAAGUCGAGGAAAACCCCAACCUCAGAAUGAACACAACAUACAUUGCCUGGUUUGGGUCUGUGUUCUCACUUGGGGCUGCUGCGGGAGGCCUUGGUGCCAUGCUGCUGAACGACAUGAUAGGACGUAAGAUAAGCAUCAUGAUUUCAGGAGUCCCGUGCUCUGUGGGGUACCUGUUGAUGGCUGCAGCACAGACUAGAUGGAUGCUGUACUUGGGACGCAUACUGACAGGCUUCGCCAGCGGAAUAACAGCUGCCGCCAUCCCUGUUUAUGUGUCAGAAAUUUCCAGUCCACGUGUGAGGGGUGUGUUGGGAUCCUUCGCUCAAGUUUCAGUUGUUGUUGGGUCUCUUUCUCUCUAUGUACUAGGGCUGCUGUUGCCAUGGCGAUGGUUAGCUGUUGCUGGGGAGUUACCAGCUCUUCUCAUGCUUGUGCUGCUGUGCUUCAUGCCCAAAUCCCCUCGGUACCUUAUCAGCAAGGGCAGACAGGAGGAGGCCCUCAAAGCGCUGGAGUGGCUUCGGGGGAGGGAUGCCAAUUUCAUUGCCGAGUUAAAAAAUAUUGAGAAGAGCAUAUCCAGUCAGGGGAACAUCAGCUGGUCAGACCUGGCUAUGCCAUACUACUAUAAACCAAUUGUCAUCUCAGUGAUAAUGUGGCUCCUUCAGCAAAUGACUGGUAUAACCCCCAUCCUGGUUUACCUAGAGCCCAUCUUUCACCGCACCAAAGUCACAUUGGAGCCUAGAUAUGAUGCUGCGCUGGUAGCUCUGGUCCGACUUCUGUCAGUUAUGAUUGCAGCCAGUUUGAUGGACAGGGCUGGCAGGAAGAGGCUUCUCUUCACCUCAGGGUUCCUGAUGUUUCUUGCCUGCCAAGCCCUGACCAUUUACACCCACACCACACCCUGCCCUUCCAUAAAUAUUACACACUCCCAGCUGCACACACCAUUCAGCAUUCUGCAGUCCCACGGGGUUCAGCAAAGUCCACCCUUUGACCCCAUUACUGUCAUCCCCCUGCUCAGCACAAUGGUCAUCAUAUUUGGCUAUGCAAUGGGAUGGGGCCCUAUCACAUGGCUGCUGAUGUCAGAGAUCCUUCCCCUGGGGGCCAGGGGUAAAGCACCCGGUCUGUGUGUUGGUAUUAGCUGGGUCACCGCCUUUAUCUUGACUCAGGUCUUCAUGCACGUGGUGGAAGCUUAUGGCCUGUUUGUGCCUUUUCUGUUUUUUUCUGUGGUGGCUGUGAUCAGUAUUCUCUUUACUGCUUUAUAUGUUCCGGAGACCAAGGGUCGUUCUUUGGAAGAGAUUGAGAACUAUUUUCGAACUGGACGCACUUUCACAAUCAACGACAAUUAAGGUGGUGGAUAUUACAGGGUGUCUUGUCUGGUUUUCAACAGAAUGUAUUACAGUAUAUUCAAAAUGACACUUAAUAUUACACAAAUUGUAUCCCAUACCUUCUUAAUUUUUCCCACAUUCAAGAAUUUGAAAUAGUGGAUACUGUAUUUGUGCAAUAUUUCAGUCUAGGUUAAUUACAGUCCAUCCAUGCAACAAAAUCAUAUGAACUAUUUAAAAAAAAAAAUAUGCAAAAAAAAUAAAAGUAAAUAGAACAAAAAAGACACAAAA